AUGGUGGAAGAACGGUACCAAGAAGGAGCCUUAGAGAUCAAUGAGAAGAAGAGAACCAAAUUCUUCAUCAACGACCACGAAGACAUCGUAGUCAAAAUCCUCAAACGCCUCGACGCCCGUUCCCUCGGCGUUGCUGCCUGCGUUUGCCGUCUCUGGUGCAGCGUCGCUCGAAAUGACUCCCUCUGGGAACACCUCUGUUUCCGCCACGUUUCCCCGCCGCCUUCCGGCUCGCGUCCCGUCGUCAUCGCGCUAGGCGGCUACAGACGCCUCUACAUGGCUGUGCUGAGUCGACUUGGACGAGCCAGCACCAUAGUGACGACGGCGGCCGCUGCUGCUCCUUGGACUAGCGACGAGUUCCAGCUCUCGUUGUCUUUGUUUUGCGUUGAUUGCUACGAGAGACUCAACGACGGCGUUGACGGAACAAAUGGUGGUGAUAACCGUGAAACCUCACCGCCGUCGGCGGCGUCGCUGAUGUUCCUUUGUAAGCCUAUCAACGUUUGA